AUGAAAAAAAUUGAUUGGCUGUCUUGAAGAAUGUGACUACACAGCAUAAAUGAUCUGGAAAAACAAACAUGGUUGAACUACGGCUGCAGUUGUAUUGAUUUUAUGCAUUGGAUUGACAAUCAGUCACGGAGAAAUGAUCCCUGAAAUAUACUUGGGGAAAAGAUUCCAUAAAGUCAUACCACAGCAACAAUUAUGAGAUUCUUCGAUUGAUCACAAACAUGCAAACAUUUUCGAAAACAACAUUUUCUGAGAAAUGGAGUUAACUAGUUAUAAAGAAAACGCCAACAAUAUAAGCUGGAUGAAUUUGUCGAAAAGAGAACGUUUCUUGAUAUGCAAAGAAAGCCGUGCAUUCCUUACUUUGGCUAGCUAAUGCAAUCUUUGAAAAGAUCUAAGAGCUUUGAUUAAAUUGAAUUUUUAUUCCUAUUAAUCUGAUGAAAACUUAAGUAGAGAAACAAAUUAUUUCCAGACUUAAAAAUUUCAAAGUUAGAAAGAACUUUAAAAAUAAGAUGUUUUGAUUUACUCUGACUCAUCAAAUAUGACCAGGCAUCCUAAGCUUACUCUACCUGAUCAAGGAUGGUCGUGGGUGGUUCUUUUUAGCUCCUUUGGGUCACACUGUAUUCAUGGUUUCUUUCUCUCUGCGAUCGGGGUGCUUCAACUGUCUCUACUAGACCACUUCCGGGAAAACGUUUUGAAAACAUCAUGGGCACUUUCUAUUUUUCUAGGAUUGUAUUCCACAACAGGACCGCUUGCAAGUCUGGUAGCAAACCAAUGGAGUUCACGUGUUGCCAUGGUAACUGGAGGACUCCUCGUUUCUAUUGGACAUGUUUUGACUGCUUUCAUGCCCAACAUUUUUUUUGUAUACGUCUCACUAGGAAUCAUUAGCGGAUUAGGAAUGGGAAUGUGCUACACAACCUGCGUUGUGAUUGUUGGAUACAAUUUUGAGAAGAAAAGAAACUUUGCUACCGGAGUAGCAGUAUCGGGGGUAGGCAUUGGUGCCUUUGCACUAGCACCAUUGAUGCAAAUGAUAAGUGACUACUUUGGGUAUCAUGGAUUGUGGCUGUUAUGUGGAGGUCUGACGUUGCAAUUUUGCGUGUUUGGAACUUUAUUUUUCCCAUCAAAACUUGAAAACGAACGAAAGAAAAAAGUAAAAGAGGAUGCACGGAAAGAACAGGACAUCACAGGGUUCUCAAAUACAUUCAAAGCGUUCAGAGCACAACACAGAGUAUUAUUUUCAAUUUCUCUUUUAAAUGUUUACUUGUCCAUGUUCUUUAGUAAUUUAGGAGUUUAUCUUAUAUAUCUCCAUUUUGCCAGUUAUGUGACCUCUGUCGGAUUCAGCAAGCUGGAUGCUGCUCUUUUGAUGUCCAUUUCUGGAAUUUGUAAUUGUAUUUCUCGGAUCUUAGUAGGAUCAGCCGCUAAUGCCAGCAAUAUGGAUGAAUUUGUGUUGUUUGCAGGAACUUUCAGUUUGUUAGGUAUAACAACCGUACUAUUUCCGUUUUAUGGAAAAACAUAUGGUGGUCAAAUCUUCUAUAUGAUAACACUAGGACUCUAUAACGGCUCCUGCUAUUCAUUGUUGAAUUCUAUUUCUGUAAUGCUAGCAGGUGUUAAAAAUCUAGCUAUGGUGUAUGGCAUCACUAUGCUCUUCACUGGAGUUGGUACUUUUAUUGGACCUAUGUUGGGAGGAUUCAUUGUUAGUUCUGGAGGAAGUUAUGACCUGUCCAUUGCAGUUGCAGGCGUUUCAAUGGUAAUUGGCUCAGUUUUUGCAUGGGCCUCCGGAGUAGGUGAACGAAAAGGGAUUCCAAUUAAACAUGACGAUGAAAUGGUUGUGUAUGACCAUCGGGAAAAUAAGUCUUCCGAUGAACACCUCAUGGAAAAGGACAAAAUCAACACAGAAAAGAAGCACGUCAAAAAUGAUUCAGAAAUUAGGGACUGCAAUGAAAUUUUAUCAUCCAAAAAUAUCAAGGACUAUGCUGACUUAGAAGACAGUCCUUUGAUAGCAAGUGCAAGUGGAGGCGUCAAUAUACAAGAAAGCAAAGAGUGUUAAUAACUAGAACCAAUUGAAAUGAUUCUAUGAAAAAAGGCAAGCAAGCUACUUUUGAAUAUUUUAGUUAUAAAAUAACUAAAUAACAUAAACAGUAUAUUUAUACGUAUCUUAACAAAUACUGAACACAUAUUAAAGCUAUAACAAAUACUGAACGUCAAAGAUAAGUCAGAUUCAUUUUUCAAAAAUCUAAAAUUUGAAGAAACAUCGAAGAUUCCUAAAAUUAUGAAAAAA